CAGAAAGGAUGGAAAUCCAGGCUAGGAGGUAUGUGUGCGCAAAACCAAUGGAGGAGACUGAGCUGAGGGGUCUCCCUUAGGGGAAGGAGGGUAUUUCCAUGCCCGGAGAUGGAUCUUUUCAAGUUCUGAGAGUUCACCUCCACAGGAGAAGAGGAAAAGCAAAUAAUGCCAUGGUGGUUUAGUUUUUAAGAGCCUCUUAAAUGACGAUUGGUGUCUCUGCAAACGGGUGGCUGAUCAGAAACCCAGAAGGUAUUUCUCUGAGUUGUACGUGGCUGUAAAAUGGGCCUAGAUAUCAGUAAGAGCCCAGCACAGACCCUAAGAGGCCGGGUAUGGGCAGCGUGCUGACUCCUCUAGCCCUUCUAGUGGGUUGCCGAGGAAAGACAUUAAUGCCUUACCGGGGCUCUUGGCAAACACCUCCUGAGAGCCCUUUUUGAGCUCCAGGAGAUGGUUCCAGGGGAAGGGCUGUGAGCAUAGCCAGGAAAAAUACCGAGACCCUUACUUGGCUCCUUGCUCCAUCUCCUUCGGGCAAACUCAGCUGUUCAUUUAUCUGCCUGCUGAGGUGUCCUCUUGGAUUUCCCCAGUCGUUUCCUGCAGUCCAGGAGGUGACUUCCUCUCCACUGGUGUUUGCUCCCUACAGAUUUGAGCUGUAUUAACUGGAGUGUCACUUGCAAAUCAAGGGAAGGGAAUCCUUCACUCUGUUCGGGACCGGUGAGGCCUCGCACAGAGAACCAUGUCCAGUUUUGGGCCCCACACUUCAAGAAAGAUAUGGACAGUUUGGAAAGAGUUCAGCACAGGACAACAUAACUGAUUAAGGGCCUGGGAGGCAAGACUUGCAAGGAAAGGCUGAAAGAACUAGGACUGGAGAAGAGCCUUGCGUGGAGAUUUGAUGACAGACUUCAAACACCUGAAGGGUGAUUACAGCGAGGAUGAAGAUGAGUAAUACCACACACACCAACGGGGCGUCUCCCACCGAGGGUGGUGUGGAGGCGACUAGCAUGGCUGCGACCAUGCUGCCAGCCGGGCUCUUCACGACGGUGGAUCCCAGCCAUUUCACUGUUGGAGACGGCUCCCAGCUUAAGGCCAUGCAGAACUACACUCAAGACGGCCAGCAGAUUUUCCUGACCACAACAGCAGCACAAGUGAUCUCUGGGCUGUUUGUGUGGUCGGCACUGAUUCUCACCUUCCACCAGAUCUACUCACAUCUGCGGAAUUACACCAUGCCCAAUGAGCAGCGCUACAUCAUCCGCAUCCUCUUCAUUGUGCCCAUCUAUGCCUUCGACUCCUGGCUCAGCCUCCUGCUCAUUGGAAGUCACCAGUAUUACGUGUACUUUGACUCAGUGCGUGACUGUUAUGAAGCAUUUGUCAUCUACAGUUUCCUGAGCCUCUGCUUUGAGUACCUGGGAGGGGAGAGCACCAUCAUGGCUGAGAUCCGGGGGAAGCCUGUUGUAUCCAGUUGCCUUUAUGGGACUUGCUGCCUGCGAGGAAUGUCCUAUUCCAUCGGGUUCCUUAGGUUCUGCAAGCAGGCAACGCUACAGUUCUGCAUCGUGAAGCCCCUCAUGGCCAUUGUCACCAUUAUCCUACAGGCAUUCGGGAAGUACCACGAUGGCGACUUUAAUAUUCACAGUGGAUACCUCUAUAUCACCAUCAUCUACAACUUCUCCGUCAGCCUGGCACUCUACGCGCUGUUCCUCUUCUACUUUGCCACCAUGGAGCUCCUGCGCCCAUUUGAACCAGUCCUCAAGUUCCUCACUAUCAAGGCAGUUGUCUUCCUGUCCUUCUGGCAAGGGAUGCUGCUGGCCAUCCUGGAGAAAUGUGGGGUGAUCCCUGAAGUUCAGAUCAUCGAUGGAAAGGAGGUGGGAGCUGGGACAGUUUCUGCUGGCUACCAGAAUUUCAUCAUCUGCAUUGAGAUGCUCUUUGCCUCCAUUGCUCUGCGCUAUGCCUUUACCUGCCAGGUAUACAGAGAGAAGAAGGAAAACUCAACAGCAAACCUUGCCCCCAUGCAGAGCAUCUCCAGCGGGCUGAAGGAGACUAUGAGCCCUCAGGAUAUCGUCCAGGAUGCCAUCCACAACUUCUCCCCUGCGUACCAGCAGUACACCCAGCAGUCCAUGCAAGAAAUGGAAAUGAAAGGCCCUGGGCAGAAUGGACAUGUGUCCUCCAAAGCUGAGGGGAACAAGGGCAAAAGAAGCAAAAACAUUGAGAAGAGGGUGCUGAUCAUCUCGGAUGAUGAACCAUAGGAGAUGCCCAAGGGGGGACAGUGACCUGGGAGAUGCUGGAACUCCUUUCUCUCUUAAUGGCUUCUUCAGUUUGGAAAUGUUCUCACAACUGGGACUGCCUGGUGUGACAGGAGCACAAUGAGAAUGACAGAUGGGCCAGAGAAACUGAGGCAUCUGCCCAAAAGCAGCCAUCACCUUUGAGAAGGAAAGAAGCAAGAACCUGAUGGGUGGGAUGCUGAGCAGGGCUGGCAUCUCCUGUCCUUUUUCUCCUGUUACUGGGGACCUGUCCUGCUCUGUGUUCCUGCUGCCAUGGCUCAAGUACUGAAGCUUUGUCAUUCAGUGGUGCCUGUCUACCCACCCCAUCAGUAUUUUGAGGCAUGUCUCUAGCUGCCAUCUUAGCACUCUGGGAAGAAACUGAGGACGGGUGGCCUGGGCUUUUGAGCAUGCCUCCCAGUGCUAAAAGAUGGACUAGUUGAAGUCAAUCCCUUCUUGCCAUGAACAGGCUGAGCAGCAGCGCUCUCAGCGUUGAGUUUUGCUCUAGUUUCUCUUGGCCUAAGUAAAGAGAGGAGCAUCUCUAAAGAUCCUGUGGAGAAGACCUGACUUAUAAGGGCAACCCACCUGGUAACUCUUUAAAAAAAACAAAAAACCCCACACACAACCCCCCCACCAAACAAAACAAAACAACAAAAAACUUGCUAUUUUUUCAUUUAAAAGUUAAAAAAAAAAAAAAAAAAAAUCUCAGGAAUUUUGUAGGAACUUGUGUUGGGGAGGAAGAAUUAACCCUGUUUUCUCCUUGGAGAGGAAUACAACAGCCUAAAAAUGUAAUACUUCUUCCUCUUCCACCAGCCCCACAAGCAAUGGUGGGGGAACUCUUUCUGGGCUGCAAUGGGGCUAAACUGCUGCUGCUUCUCGAGUUUCUAUUGGAGGAACCUCUUGUUAUUUAUGUCUCAAAAUGACUCUUCCCUCUCUGAGUGGACCAAUUGUUGAAAUGGAUGCUAAUUUGCCUAUCAAAUUGCUCUUUAGGGAUCUGAAUUGUGAGGAUUGUGAUUGGCAGCAGUAGUAGUUUAUGUACUGGGAACUGUUUGUUCCUCCUGAAAUGCUUUCUAUUAAAGCUUCCCACACUUGAAAUAUAAAAAUAAAAAAAUUAUCGUAAAAAAGCCUCUAGCUUCAUGGAGACUGGACAGUGCCAGAAGACAGUAAUUUAAUGGUAAAAGAAUAACUGUCGGACCCUUCCCAGAGCUGGGGUUACCCAGAUACAUGACUAGCAUAGCUGGAUGCUAUGCGCCUGUUAAAAAAAGAAAACACAAAUAAAAAAAUAAAAAAUAAAAAAAAAGGCCAUGUCUUCUGUUUGAAACUGAAAUGGGAGAAUAGAUCUGGUACAAGAUGCUAGGCAAGUAAAAUAUGAGUAAGGCCAUCUCUUCUUGGUGACCUGCUCAGUACCACUUAUGGGAUACAGUUGCUGUAAAAAAGUGGAUUGGGUGGGUUAUUUGACAGCAGGGGGAAAACGCACUUAAUUCCACCAACCUUCCCAUCCCAUCCCAUCCCAUCCCAUCCCUCCAGAACUACAAUGUAAAGAGAACCCUUGUCUAUCUGUGCUAGACCCUAGUCUUCUCCCUUACUAGACUGCCUUCUGGAAACUCUUGAGUGUUGGCUCUGCUUUGUCUCCAUCCCUUGGGGUUUUUCAGCUGAGUGUUGGAAGGACAGUGAGAGCUGUGCUUUAAAGUCUCAGAGCAGCUGUGUAGCUAGACACCAUCUCAAGCUGUCCUUUUUCUAGCAUUAGGAUUCCUCAAGUCUGAGAAGUGUAAAUUGAAACCAACAGUCUUGCAUUUUAUUUAUAAGAAUGUGUUUUUCAAAUAAAUGGAGAUUUCUAUUA